UCUCAUCUUGGGUCUUUGUUAAUCAUUCAUGCCGAGCUUCAUCAACUGAGCUUUCAAUUCUCUGGCCUUUGGUAAACAGUUUUGACUGGCUUGUUUGACCUCGUGUGCAUCCGCAUCUCAUAUCUUCUUGAACAUUGCACACCUCCACCUCGGGCUCUAGGCGUCUCGUUUAUCACAGCUUAGUGGCACUAUAUCAAAUCUCGGCUUUCCGGUUCGAGCCUCGUAGAUCAAGCGACAGAUCUCGAUACCAUCUCUUGCAGCCUUUGUGGAUGUUGCUGGUUUAGCGAGCUGCGUGGCACUAGGGUCCUUGAAUUGCGCUCUCACUGGACAUGAUCUGCCCUCCACCCUCUUGACGAGGCGCCUACGCAUACGCAUACGCAGACGCAGACGCAUCUGACCUGGUCGCCACUUGCAGAUACGCUUGCAUCCUCUAGCAGGAUACCCUGACCUGAGUUCCGUAUCCGCACGACGUCAAUCCUUGUCGUCACACAACUUGCACUGCUUUUGCACUACCAUCCUAAACCCCAUUGGUUCAUCUCCUCAACGGUCAACGAGACCUCAAGGGGUCUGGGAAGUCCAGCGUCUUUUAGGGCUGCUCGGCACAUCAACGGCUAUUGGCCCUUGAUCCAUCUUCCCCAUCUCUAAAUACCAUGGAAACUGUCUUCAUCACCAUUUUAGAUCUGUCCGAGGAGGCUCGAAUCAGGUAUUGCUCCGAGUCCAUAGAGGAUAUCCUUGGCUAUCUUCCACACGAGGUGCUUGGAAAAUCAUGCUGGGACUAUUUCCAUCCCGAGGAGAUCCCAUUUGCCCGUGAAGUUCACGGUCGAGGUGUCAGCCUCGAUAAGGCAUCAGUCCUUAGCUACUGUCGUGUCCAGCACAAGGAUGGCUCUUGGAUCGGAUGUGAGUGUGUCUUCACCGUCGUUCACGACGUUUUGGUCGCCAGCACCAGUAUUUAUCGUCAAGGACCCAAGGCAAAACAGCGCGAAUUGGCCAGUGGGGCGGUCCGGCGCAUCUUCUCCUCGUCUCCUCGUGAUCCCCGUUAUCACAUGUUGUCCUAUCUCUCCAACAAGUUCACUCAACAGUCACCAGAUCUCCAGAAUGAACCCAGGGCAGCUUUGUUCCUCAAUCGCUUUACACGCACCUCGACCGUCAUGCACGCGACCGAUGGCGUCUCCAGCAUUCUAGGCCUGGCCCCUGAUGACCUCAUCGGUAGAAGUUUCUACUACUGCAUUACAGAAAAUUGCCUUCCUGAUGCUGUCAAAACCCUCGAAAGUGCCAAAGCCAACGACUCAAUCGCAUACUUGAGGUUUCGAUAUCGCAACCCUUUGCAGGAUCAUGGCAAUGGCCCCGAGGUCGGCUUGCCUGAGGAUACCAGCGACGAGGAUGACGACGGUGGUGUCGCUCUGGGAAAUGGACCCAGGUCUGGCUCGUCAGUGUCCAUGACCGAUGCUCCAACAUCUCGGCCCUCCAACAACGCAUCUACCCCGUCCUCUGGACCAAACGCUACCUCAAAUCAAAGCCAAGAUCCUCACCCGCAAUCAGCCAGUCAUUCGUCGACUGAUGGCGACCUCCUUCAACCGCCCUCUGAAGCAACCGAUCUCAUUCACAGAUCAUCCUCUGGAAACAGUACCGAUCUAGGUCCUGGUGCCGCCGAUGCCAUCUUCGACCCACCGGAACGAGCGGCCUCGUCUUCCUCUUCCACCCCGCGAGAUGACUCUUCUGAGAGAGGCCUGGAACUCGAGGCUGUCGUUUCGUGCAGCUCAGACGGAUUAGUCGUCAUCCUCCGCCGUGCUAAGCCACUCGUGCCGCCCACACUCGGUGUCACAGAGGCAGAUUAUUAUACCAAUGGUCUCUUCGCCUCACCAUGGGCUCCACAGCCAGUCCUACCAUCUGGUGUGCCACAAGACGCGGUGGAAUCCUUGGCCUCGUCCACAGACACCAGCUCCGUGGAAUCUGGCUUCAUGGCUGCCAUCAGAGAUGUCGCAGUCUUUGCCUGGUCUCUCACAGGUAUUAACGGUUCUCUGGUCGACUAUGCGAGUGGUAGUCCUGUCGGAGAGUCACAGCCGCCGGGAGGUCUCCCGAUCUGGGACCCCAAAGCAGAUGCGGACCCUUACGACCUCUACAAUGGCUUCUCUGGCAGUGCCCACCGGCCCUUCGAUGGCAUGGAUGAGCCAGUUCGAAUGCCUAGGAAGGAAGACGAGCUAGGUAGUAGUGAUGAUGAGGUUCUCUGGAAACGGUCCACCACAAUGCCCGCCUGGAGACGACCGAAGAGAAGAGGUCAUGGCGAUGCGUUUGGUGGCCCGGGGGAAAAUCCUGAAGAUGGACAGGAUCAAUACGGCGGCCGAAAGAGAACGACCAAGUCCUCGAGUGGUUCGAGAUCUGGGGCUGGGACCACAUCAAGCUCUGGUCAAGAGCAAUCAGGUUCGGGCUCAGGCUCUGGUUCAGCAACAGGCUCAGGGGCUGGCUCCGUGACUGGGUCCUCUUAGGAUCUACGUUCCAAUGAUGGUCUUGUAUGACCUCUUAUGAUACCUCGACUGCUGGGAUUAAGCGUACCGAGCGUUGAGAUGAACUCUUUCUUUAUCUUUUUGAAUCGAUUCUUGAAUUCAUUUUGACCAUCGAGGCAAGGUGGUGAGGAGGCCUGUGUAGUCGUCUAUGGCGAGGCAUACAUCUGACAUUCACCACCCUUGG